GGGCAUCUACCUCUGAGCAAAUGAAUGCCAAACAUACAGAGAAAGAGAAAACUGUAAGUUUAGCGUAUCCACAGAUGAGGUGGCCGUUGGAUUAUAAAACUCCCUAAAAACAGGAGUGGUGGAGCAGAGCACACUUAUCUGAAGCUCACAAAAGCAAUGUGAAAGUAAAAAAAUGUCACCAUCUGAUAAGAAGGGUGAAGAUGGAGUAAUAAUGUGAUACACUAUAUGGGAAAAAAGCUCUGCUUUCACUUCAGAAUUUGUAUCAGUUGAAAAUAUGUGCGAUGCAUGCAUGAUGCAUGUUAUAAGUAAGAACUAAAAAACACACCCACACACAAAUACAUAUAUUAGAUAUAUAUAAAGAGACAGAAAAAGAAAGAGAGAAAAAUAGUACAUAGAAUCAUAGAACAAUCAGCAUCUGAACAAAAGGAAAUCAUUCGCCGAAAACAGCAAAAAGAAAAAACAAAAGGUCUGUCAUGUCUCAAUUUUGAAUGAAAUAAAACUUGAACUACAAUGCACUUUUACUUCUCGCUGGUUUGUUUUUGAGUUUGGAACAAGAUGAAAAUUUCAUGUAUUGCAAGAUACUUUGUGAGAAUAAAACAAAAUAUCUUCAGUGUUUUGUUCGUAUGGUAAAAAGACAUUAGUAAUCAAAGGUGUCUCAAAGGUGCCAUUGAAACACUUUCUGUGGAAAGAAGACUGAAGAAGAAGCUGAUCUGAUCUGCCAUCUUUCUUUUCUAAACUAUCCAGCAUCCUCUCUCAUGUGCCGCCUUUCACAGAUUCAAUGUAAUGGGAAAGACAGAGCCAGGAUACUUUGAGAAAAACCAUAGUCCAUGUUUCAGUUAGUGGUCCCACUUUUUGAAUUUUUUGUGGUCUCUGGAGGUUGGCAGCAUACAAAUAAACAAAAUGGAAAAGAGUCAGGAAGUGGAGACUGGUAACUGAAAAAAGAAAUUUUCAUGUGACAAGAAUAAAGACACAACAGAGGCUAUAAAGAAGCCAAGUAUAACAAAAAUAAAGGUCUUGUGCAUAACAGUAAGUGACCCAUCCUGACAUAAUAUCACAUUUUCGGAAGUCUCCCAGCCAUGGGUGCUGCCAGAGUCAAAAGACGUUUCAGUGCAGUAGUGGACACUCCGCUUGAUGAAGAGGAGGUAAUGAAGCUGGCACAGAGUGCAGCAGAAGCUGGGGGAGGGACUAGCACACCAAGCAGCCCGCCUCCUCGCAAUGGGAAAGCCAUUUCACAAGAAAAUGGGGGGCUACACAGCACAAGCAGUAGCCAGAGCAGUUCAGGCGGGGAACAGAAGCGCCAUCGCCGGAGGAACCGCUUCGUGGGCAAGGAUGGGCGCUGCAACGUCACCUUUGUCAACAUGAGUGAACGGAGCCAGCGUUACCUGACCGAUCUGUUCACAACCUGUGUGGACAUUCGUUGGCGGUGGAUGUUUGUGGUCUUCUCAUUGUCCUUCUUGCUCUCCUGGCUUUUAUUUGGAUUUACAUUCUGGCUUAUAGCAUCUACACAUGGUGAUCUUGCUCCCCCUGCCAUUGGAGCACCUGAACCAUGCUUUCUCCAGGUCAACAGCUUUAUGGCGGCCUUUCUUUUCUCUCUGGAGACUCAGACGUCUAUAGGUUAUGGAUUUCGAAGUGUGACAGAAGCCUGCCCCUUGGCAGUGCUUGCUGUUGUUCUACAGUGCAUUGUUGGUUGCAUCAUUGAUGCCUUCAUCAUUGGAGCAGUUAUGGCAAAAAUUGCCAAGCCAAAGAAACGGAAUGAGACACUGGUAUUCUCAGAGAAUGCAGUAGUGGCACUUCGGGAUGGAAAACUGUGCAUGAUGUGGCGUGUUGGCAACCUACGCAAGAGCCACUUGGUGGAGGCCCAUGUCCGAGCCCAGCUGCUCAAGCCACGAGUGACCCCAGAAGGAGAAUAUUUACCUCUGGACCAUGUGGAUAUCAAUGUGGGUUUUGAUAACGGUACAGACCGUAUAUUCCUGGUGUCUCCUGUGACCAUUGUCCACGAAAUCAAUGAGGACAGCCCCUUAUACGAGAUGAGCCGGCGGGAGUUGGAGCAAGAGUCCAAUUUUGAAAUCGUCGUCAUUCUUGAGGGGAUGGUGGAAGCCACAGCUAUGACCACGCAGUGCAGGAGCUCGUAUCUCAGUCAUGAGAUCCUCUGGGGACACCGAUUUGAGCCUGUUUUGUUUGAAAAGAAAAACUAUUAUCAGGUGGAUUAUUCCUACUUUCAUCGCACAUAUGAGAUUCCCAGCACACCUAGCUGCAGCGCCAAGGACCUGGCUGAACAGAAGUACAUCCUGACAGCACGUACCUCUUUUUGCUAUGAAAAUGAGGUUGCCUUGAUGAGUCACAGUGAUCUUGACCUGCCAAGUGUGGCCCAAAAUGCUGUAAUGGGGAAACACCACAGUGAAGCUUCAACAGCUGAGGCUUCACCAGAACUCGAUCCCCGAGCCAUCAAGAGCCGUUGAACAGAGGCAACCUGAUUCUGAACCUGUGCGCUGCCAGUGUCUCGCUGGGUUGUCUCUAUUGGCAAUUCAGAGAAGCUGUUGCUUUCAUUGAUCACAUUUUCUAACCAGCUGUUUGCAGUGGUCUCAGACAGUGGUCUCAUUCACUUCUAAAGUAAUAGCAGUGAUCCUGUUUGUUUCUUUUUACUGAACAUAGAACUCCUGACUUUCUGUUGCUAUUGCAUAUGCUGUAAAAAUGUGUAAACUGAACAAUUUUAGAAUCUGCAAUAACUUGUUAGCCACAACACGUCCCAUUUUACUAAAACAUAGUUCAUAAACUUGCUUAUCAAGAAAUGCGCUUGCCAAAUUUUAAGGCAAACACUUUGAAACUAUAGCAUAAAAAUAUUAUCAUCAUCAUCAAAUUCUGCCAGGUCAAAGAUCAUAUAUAGUAUUUAAAAAGUAGAAGCUUCGAUGUUUCCAAUUAAUAAGUCACUGUAUUCUGGUCUUGCAUGUGUAAGACACUAUAAAAUAGUUACUUAUACUUGUGUGAAGGAUGCUUGUUGGCUCUAGAAAAGCUGAGGCCUUAGGCAAGCAAUGCAUUGAGCACCUCCUUAAUUAAUUCCAGUGAAAUCUCCAGAGCAGCGUAAGAAGUCAGCCAUUCUACAGUCGCCGCAGUGAGACUGCCAGACAGAAAUCCUACCAGACCUUCAGACUGCAUUGUCACUAGAUUCAAAGCAUGCAGAUCAUUUUUGGUUUUUAGUCUUUUGAGAAAUUGGGAAUUCUGUGGUCUUCUUUGGAGAGAUCAGAGCUAAAAAGGGCCAUUAAUUAAAUGGGGCAUUUUAUAUUUAUGCAACGUUUAGUUUUUACAUUUUCAGUGAUGGGUUUAGUUGACAUCAUCUAAACAAAUACUACAUCUCAUUAACAACUGUCACAUCUUUUCUAAUGGGCAAGCAAAUGGGAUGUCAAAAGUCUAUCUACGGCAAGAGUACCUUUUGCUAGUGGCUGCUAAGACAUGAGCGAUAUAAAUGGUAUACUUUUGGAACUAUAGAUUAAAUGUUCUCCUAGGGUUACAAAAACAUGGUAUUUUUACAAUUUGGGACCGUUAACCUCCAGCCCCAUGGAGGAACUUGUUUUACUUUGAGGCCUCUUUAUUUUAACUUGCAGACAGAACAUUGGCACAAGUGUGGGACUUCAGCUACAUUGAUGGCCUUGGUCAUUAAAGAGGAUUGUGAGAUUGAUGGGAUUGUCGCAGUUCUGCAGAUGUCGUGAGACUAUGGUGGUACAGUGGUAGGUAUGUUCAUGGAUUUAAACACCCCUAUCCUCCCCUAUUGCCCCAAAUUCUGAGUGAUGAUUGAAAGCACCUGAAGCCAAAAUGAGGCUCUUACACAAGGUUGCUGGGUCCUCUGUCCAUGACAAAGUAAUGAGACUAGCAAUAUGAGAGGACCUUGGAGUAGAUACCUCUGGAUCAAGUUGAGCUGGUUUGUGCAGAUACCCAAGACAUACUCUGCAAAAACCACUGGUAGAAGACCUACAAAAACACAAAGGACACAAUUGAGGGAUCAUAUCUCUCAAAUGGUCUGAGUCUGACUUGAAAUUCCCAAAGAGGACCUGAGAAUAGAUUGUAGAUUGGUCUGUCUUGCCACCAUGACUCUCACUAGGAAAAAUGUGAAUGAAUGCUGGUGGAGCUCCAUCGCACAUAUGAGAUUCCCAGCACACCUAGCUGCAACGCCAAGGACCUGGCUGAACAGAAGUAUAUCCUCACGGCAUGCGCCCCAUUUUGCUAUGAAAAUGAGGUUGUCUGGGAAUUUCACCAGCUAAGGUGUAAUUUAGGUGGUUGUUAAGCAAACUCUGCCUGGACUAUUUUAAAACCCUAAACCAGCACUGAUUGUCCAAUUAUUUUAAAAUGUCAUAUUUUCUAGAAUUAAGUGUUUCUGCUGAAUUUGAACAGAUGCCAAAUGUGCAGGUCAUGGGAUCCAUUACAUAUAAAAUGUAGGCAAUCUAAAUAAUGAUUUUGUAGAAUUGCUAAUGAACAUAAUCCAAAAAUGCAUUCACUUCUGUUUAAUAUAUACACUAUAAAUCAUUUAGCCCCUCAAUUAAUCUACAUAUACUGUAUAUUUAGUUCAUUUUCAGUCGAGGUCACUGAUGAUAACACAUCACUUAAAAGACAU